AUGAGCGCCUUGCGGCAUAGCGAUGCCGGUCAUGGUGGUAACUCAGAUGGCCAUACCUCCGACAACAACUGCAUACCGGAUAUUCUAGACCUGGAGGCUGGUCUUUGGCAAGAAGCGCCUUUUUCUCGCUUGCCUGACGAUGCGCCGCCGGAACUCCAAGACUAUCUCCAAGAUGUUGAAAACCCAAGACGAGUCUGGGCUAUUUAUCGGGCUAGUAGGCGGCAUGAUUUCCAACUACUCGUCGAAAGGUACAUUGCGCAACUCCGCGUCGGAUGCGGUUCUCCCCAAUGCAACACCGCAACCUGCUUCACAUGCCGGAAGCGUCUCGUAGGAAAGGCGCCCAUUCGACGAUACAGCCCUACCAGCGCAAGGACGCUGGCUGUCUACCUUGCGAGCCAGGAUAACCCGGACAGAGGUAUUUGCCCGUACUUGCGUCGAUCAAACGGUCCCCCGCCGGCCGUGAAUAAUCUUAUUUUCUCAACACAACGACCGCGAUCUCAAACUCUCUCCGAUCUUCCGUCUCCCAGGGCUCCUGGGGCUCCAGGACCUCGCAAGGCCUCCGUUGAUGCCGAAGCCAAGCCAAAACACUUGUCGUCUGGCAGACGAUGUCAGGUCUCCAUCAUUGAGAGCCCUGGAAGUGAUCCAGUCAAACCAGAAGCCCAGCCACCUGGCGGAGAGGAGGGACCCUCCAAACACAUUGGUCGCGACCAGGGUCGAUAUACCGUUGGCAGGAGCAAAAUCAAUAUAGCAGAGAAGCCUGUAAGCAGAGACUACAGGUCAUUUGCAGCUACAACAUUUGGGACGGUAGCUUUUAAAAUGCUGGAGUGGCUCACUCCACAGGGUUUGCGAGCAAUAUCUGAACAAAUUUCUGAUGUUAGUGACCCCGAUGCGACUUUCAAACAGCAGCAGUCGAAGGAAACUUCACAAGAAAGAACAGAUCCCACGUCUGUGCCGCCUCCGUCACUCAUCAGACAUUCUUCAUCCAAGUCAUCUUCACAUCCCCUGAUAACUCCAGAAUUGGAACAGAGCCAUCAGGCUCUGCCUGAACAUGCAGGGCGUACCGAUGAGUCGAUGGUCCCACGAGAUUCUUCUAGGCGGAAACGAAACUCAAAGGGUUCCAUUAAGACGGCAACCACGUCAAAGUCACAGAAAAAGACAUCUCUAGAGCCACUUCCUCCACCAACCCCAGCAGAUGGACCUAAACCAACCGCGAAGUCAAGCAGCUUCCAUGGGGAUAAGAGACCGCGGGGUCCUAAACUGACACCGGGUGUCGUCGGGCGAACUGUACCAGAAAUCCCACUGAAGCCCGCGUUCUUCGAAAAUGUCCCCUGCCUAUCUCCGCCCCCCGUUGACGAAGUUGAUCCAGCCUUAUCUGACCAUGGGGACUCCGAGGAGGAUUCCUCUGCCAAGACUACCUUUGCCGUUGUGAGGGCACAGAGGCGUAAGCAAGCCCCGGAGGAUCAUGAUGAUGCCUCUGUAGAAACGGAAGAAUCCCGGAAAAACUACCCGUUGCCACAGGCUCUGAGCCAACUGAAUGUCGAGUUGAUCGAUUUUAUCUGCGACAUAUUCCAGGAAGAUCACACCAAUGAAAGACAUUUUUUUGGGCCGCUAACCUUGAUGGAAAGCCACCCGAAACCUCAAAAUUUAUCAAACCGGCUGGCGAGACGGAGACCUAACCAUCAAGUGAAAUCUGCUGGCGUUCUUUCUGGCAAAUGGCGAGCGUUCAACGAACAGACUAUCUUCAAUGUGUUGAGCGACCCCCACCUCCUGGUGAAGUCUUUCACAAAAGACGGAAAACUGUAUGACUCUCAAACCCUUUGGUACUGCAUGCUGCGGAUGACACGGGCGGCACCUAGCCUUGUGCUUCAUAGUCUGUGGCUCGCAGCCAAGAGCUUGUUUGCACCACCCGAGGGUCUAAAUUCAGCGAGGCUGUCAUCGAAAAGGCUCUUUGGAGAGCGUCAAAAUCCGGCCUUGACUAAUUUUGAAGCUGGCUGUAUUAUGUCAAUUUGUCUUCACGCUUUGGUAGCAGUAGCCCCCUGCGCAGAGGACUCUAAGACACUAUACGAAAUGUCACGGAUUCGUUCCAAUGGCUUCGUCCUAGGCGGACAAGGCGCAGCGGCUAGGCAGCCUUCGUCCGUAUGCCUCGAAUACGAUGACGUGUUUUCCAAUGAGCUUGCUCUGCGAUUAGCCAGAAGGCUUUUUUGCGCCAUCACUGCUCGGAAUUGCUUUGCAGAAAUAGCGGAGUGGGACGGUGAAGGGGACGAGGCAAGUUUUGAUGUGUUAGGUCUCUUAUUGAACCAGUUAGAUCUCCUAGGAAGCGGACCUAUUCGUAUCCUAGAAUUCACUCAAGCGGAACGUCUGUUACACGAAACCCGAGUUCCUACGCUUCUGUUGGACUGGGCGAGAGCAGUGCUCCUUCAAGAGUGGAACGGACGCCCAGAGUACUCAACCGAUGGUCCCUUUCAUGGGGCUUUGUCUCUAAUUACCACAUUGUACGAAAACAGGAAUAUGCUUCUCCUAGGAGACAUUCAAUUUCGCGUUGAUUAUUUUUCAGAGCGAUUGGAUGCUAUGGACAUUCCUGUCGUAUGGGUUGGUUUUGCCUCUACUAGGCAUAGGCAUCAUCUCUUAGACCACCCGUACCUCUUCAGUCCCGAGGCACUAAUUUCCUUUUUCCGAUCAAUCAAUUUCUCGCGGAUGAGCAAAAAUUUUGAAGAGUCUAGCUCUCUGAAGACCAGAAUGACUGCCAUUGUUGACCCGGGAAGUCUAGUUACCAACACUCACCAUAAGCACGUUCUGCAGGACUUGCUUAAGACUGCAUCCUCAAGAUAUUUGAUCCUUGCUAUCAGCAGAGAUCACGUGCUCAGAGAUGCUUUUGAUCAGCUAUGGAGACGGCAAGAACGAGAAUUGUUGAGGCCCUUGAAAAUUCACUUGGGAGAAGGUGCUGGCGGUGAAGAAGGGUUUGACUCUGGCGGAGUUCAACAAGAAUUCUUUCGGAUGGCAAUGGCAGAAUGCCUCGACCCGAAUUAUGGGGCGUUCACGGUUGAUGACAGGACGAGAAUGGCAUGGUUUGUGCCAGGAUCUCUUGUUGAAACAUGGAAGUUUGAGAUGAUCGGCUUGUUGGUGUCCCUAGCCGUGUACAAUGGGCUGACACUUCCGAUAACUUUCCCUAAAGCCCUGUACAGGAAGCUUUUGGGUCAACCUGUGGAAGAACUUUACCAUAUUGCGGAUGGCUGGCCAGAUUUAGCAAGUGGACUGACCGCUUUGCAAGAGUGGGAUGAGAAAGAUGGUUUGGUAGAGGAUGUUUUUGCAAGGACAUACGAAUUCUCGGUCGGGGCUUUUGGCGCUGACGUCACUCUUCCCAUGACCAAGGACAAGUCUUCUUGGCCGCAGGGUAUUCCAACGCCUCCAACAAGAAACAGCCCUGCUGCACUUGAGGACGAGGCGCCACUUGUCACAAGUGAGAACCGCGACGAGUACGUGAGCGAUUACGUUCGAUACCUGACUGACGUGUCCAUCCGGCCCCAGUUUCGAGCAUUUGAGCGCGGUUUCCGGGCGUGUUUGGAUGCCAAGUCUCUCACACUAUUGACGCCUUCACUCUUGCAGUCCAUCGUCGAGGGCGUGCAGGAGAUUGAUAUUUCGGAGCUUCGACGAUAUGCUCGUUACGUCGGCUGGGAUUCCUCGCAUCACACCGUCAAGGACUUUUGGUCUAUUGUGAAGAGAUAUGACGACAGAAUGAAGCGCAAACUUCUCGAGUUUGUCACGGCAUCGGACCGUUUGCCGGUGGGCGGCAUGCGAAACGUGCAAUUUACAGUACAAAAAAAUGGUGAAGAGGAGGGCAGUGGUGGUCACUUGCCCACGGCUUAUACGUGUUAUGGAACACUACUGUUGCCGGAAUACAAUGACAAGGAAGUAUUACGGGAGCGGUUGGGCAUGGCGCUGGAGAAUGCACAAGGCUUUGGGUUUGCAUAA